UUUCGUGAUGGAGUGACAUAAGGCACACCUAUAGUGUUGAAAUUAAAAGUACUGCAACACAACUUUUCCAGAACUGAACUAAAUUCUCAAACAAUAGGAGUUAUUACUAAAAUAACCUUUGCACUCUUCUCUGAGGUAUUCUGUUUGCUGAUGUCGUUUUCAACUAUAAUAAACCUAAACAAUCAUCUGUUGGCAAUGGUUGACCUUCUAAACAAUUAUCCUGUUCUGAAGUCAUUUUUAGCAGGCUCAAUCAGUGGAACCUGCUCAACUCUCUUGUUUCAGCCUCUUGAUCUGCUGAAGACAAGAUUACAAAGUCCUCUAAAGGCAAGCACUAUAGAACAUGGUAUGGUGUCCCUAUUUUUCCAGGUGAUUAAAAAUGAAAAAGUGUUUAGUCUGUGGAAAGGAACUAUUCCAUCUAUGACUCGCUGUGUUCCUGGGGUAGGAUUGUACUUUUGUUCUCUGAACUGGUUACAAAGGAAAUUUUUGAAAAAUCUGCAUUUUAAUCAAGGAAGAAUUUGUAGAUAUCUUAUGCUUGUAUUUUAUUUGGCUGGUACUAUUCUUUUGCCUUUCACAGUUAUCAAGACUAGAUAUGAGAGUGGUGUGUAUACAUAUGGCAGUGUAUUUCAAGCCUUAAGAAUUAUUCAUGCAACAGAAGGAUUUAAAGGUUUAUUUAGUGGACUGAUUCCCACACUAUUACGAGAUGCACCAUAUUCUGGCAUUUAUCUGAUGUUCUACACUCAAACUAAGAAACAUAUACCAGAAUCAUGGAGAGAUGGAAUUAUUCAAGUUCCAACAGUAUUUCUCUGUGGAACAUUUUCAGGAAUAAUGGCUUCUAUCUUUACUCAGCCUUCAGAUGUUAUAAAAACUCAUAUGCAGUUGUACCCUAGGAAAUUCAAGGGGGUUUCAGUAGCAAUCUGCUAUGUUUAUAAGGAAUAUGGUUUAAUAGGUUUCUUUAGGGGUCUUGCUCCAAGGGUUCUUAGAAGGACACUCAUGACUGCUUUGGCUUGGACUGUGUAUGAGCAGGUUUCCCGAGAAUUGGGCCUGAAGUGAAGGAGAAAAAUAGUGAUUAUAGUAGAUUCUAAUGACUGAAAUACAAAAAAUAUGUUUCGACUACUCCAGUUGAAUAUUAAAAUUAAAAUAUGAUUGCUUAAUUGUUUUUUUAUUCAACUGUAUUUUAACUCCUUGUUAUUGGGUUUUUUCCAUAUGUCUGGACUUCCAUUUGCUGCCUUGUAAAUACAUUAUUUUUAUAUAUUUUUAGGUAGCAGAAAAUGUGACAUCAUUAUUCUACUAAUUACUGUAAUGGAAGUGUAAUAUGAUCCUGUUAUCUAAAAAUGUAUGCAAUACCAUAAACUCCCACUCUUCCAAAAUUAUAAGAUUUUAUUGUGGUAGAUGAAAUGUGUUAGUCUUUUAUUUUGGUAGGAGUAUUAUCGAUCAUUUUGUUAAUUGUAAAAGUGUCAAAAAUAUCAUCUAUCAUAUAGAAGUAUACAUGUAUUUUACAGUUCCAAUAUAUAGAGAAAAGUAUAUAUGAAAUGUGAUUGUCUAAGAUCGGAUUCUGCAUCACCUUGUGUUCAUAUAGAUAUAAAGAGUCCUUUUUUUUUCUUCUUCAAGUUAAACAGCUCCAUUAGUCUGUGGUAUUUUGCCAAUGGUAAAACAGGUCUGAAUAGUAUCAGGGCCAGAUUUCCUUGUGAGCCUCCUCACUACCCACUGAGUUUUCUUAUACUCAUGUAUGUACAAUAAUUUUAUAACCUAUAAUCCCCAGCCUUUACCUUUUUAAAUUUUUGAUCUGCUUCCUUCUUAUUUUUAACACCAUCUUAAUGGAAUAGAAAAAAUGUAACAGUAAAUACAUUCAUAAACAUAGCAAAUACUAAUUUUAAAGCUUACAGUAUUGAAGUAUAAUUAGCAGGGAUAAAUUAUUUAACAGGAAAUUUAAUGUGUAUCAGAAAAUAAUGUUAAUGAAGAAGAAUACAGUAAGACCCCAUUCAGCACCACCCCACUUUAAGCUAAUUCGUUAUAGAGCUCUUGUUUCCUUGAGAGAGAGAAAAAAAUUAUAUAAAUCUAUAUCUCUCUGAACACUACUUUUUCAUACUAAUGGUAGUAGUGCACUAAAUAAUUUUUAUUUAAUAAAAUAAUGCAACACAUAACAUAGAAUAAUAACAUGCAAAAGGCAGACAAUGUCCCGUAACUAUUACAAUUUCUCUGGCAUUUCUAGCAACACAGUAUGAGCUGUUAAAACAUCAUCCAUCUACACGAUAUCGUUCCUGUUGGAAAAAAUUAUUUUCUAAGAAAGUGAUCUACAGAAAACAACGCAAUGUUACGCCUCUGUGUUCAUUUGUUAAUUUUCCGUAAAAAUUCUUUCCGAAGAAACUUUAGCAAUACAAGUCCUUACUUAAAUAAAACUAGUUUAUUCUUUCUCAAUACAACUUUGCGAUACACAUAAUUUCCACAGU